AUGUUCGUCCCUUUCAUUUCCGAGUCGCGACAGCAGGAGCGCCCGUGCAAAGGCGCCCAAAUCAUUUUUCCACGCAAAGGUGGUGGGGGUGGUGGUAGAGGAGGCGGAGCACGCUCAUCCUCAUCGAAAAGUAGCUCCUCUUCCAAAUCCUCCUCGUCGUCAUCGUCUGGAUCUACAGUCAAAGAUGCGAGCAGCGGAGGCACUUUCCGAGCUUCGUCGAGCUCGAACGGUGGUGUUCCAAAGUCUACCAUUCCGCAAGGUCAACCGUUCGCCGGACGCGAGGUCGGUGGUGGCACGCGUUCCCAAGUAUAUGGCACCUCCGUUUAUGGAAGCGGCUAUCCAGGAGGAGGCGCCACACGAGGCGUAGCGGGACGUGGUUUCCCCUUCGUCUACUACCCUAUAAUUUGGCCAGUGGGGUUGGGUCCAGCUUAUUUGUACAGCUCUACAGAGUACGGAUCCAUGAACGACGCUAAGCGCCCAGGCGGUCCACUCGUCCAAGUCGCAAUCUACAACUCUAGCGCGGAGCCAAGAUUUACCUACCGCGUAAUUUCCGACCGAGAUACGGGCAAAAGCGUGUACAGCACACUCAGAGCGCGUUGUGCGAAAGACUCCGUGCGCGUCGACUUGCCUGUUGCUAUCAACCCCAACGGGACCGUCGCGACGCGGCCCUCGGAGGCCAUCCAGUACUACAGGGCCAGCAGUGUCGUCCUUACGCUGGAUGGAUACAACAAUACAGCGAUAUAUGAUACGACGGAACCGUUCGACCCCUCUGCUCCUCUUCCCUCAGGUUUGAAUUUGACGGAGCUGGGUUGUAUCAACAAUACGAUUGGGGACACCGUUCUUCUUGCGGGAGGAAACACUAUUCGUCCACAGACAACGCUUACGUUGUUGGCUUUUGUGGUGGUUUGGAUAUUUAGCCGUCUCUAA